AUGGACGCGACAGAUGACAAUAAAAACACAGUAUUAUCUGACAUUACCAAGCAAUGUCUUGAAUGCUUUGCACGUGUGGUCGCAAGUCAUGACGCUGAACUCCUCACACGAUCCAUUGAGCCACACGAGGGCACAUGGAGGAAACACGGGUCCUUUGACUUUUUGGAUUUGCAACGCAGUUUUUUCUUAUGGAUUCGUGAAACUCAAGCUCUUUCACCCACGGAAUCAUCGUUAGAUCGAAUAUUACAAGGCCUUCCCCUUAUGUCUCAAAGCGUAUCCGAGUCGUUGGGGACGAUUCUGAGGAGUCUGCGUCACAUUGAAGACAAAAUAGAGAGUGGUACGUUUUCUGCAGACGAGGCAUGCGCGCCAGCAAAACAGGACUUUCUACAAUCAUGGGACCUAUAUUGUCAGGGAAUCGACAUUGGAAUUGGCUUCCUCGAUAGGACAGCCGACGACAUUAAAAAACAUUCUGCCCAACGGCUCGAACACCGAAUGACAACAACUUCUGAUUCUGAGUUUGGUAAGGAAAUCGUGUCACUGGUCCAACGCAGAUUCCCAUCCGCUGGUAUCGCAUUAUGUCGACAAUUGGGAGAUAGCAUAACCAUCAGACGUGAAAAACUAAUCGACAAGAGACGAAACUGGUCAGCUAGGACGGACCACACCAAAGUCUCUUUACCGGAUCCACGAGGACCAUCACUCGAGCGACUUGACGAACCACCUGAAAAGGCUCCUACAACACUCAUGAGCAAUACUUCCACAGAUCAACAAGACUCUUUGGAUUAUCCACCCCUUCCGACAAUCGCCCCUGGGAAGACUCACGUCCGAUGUCGGCUUUGCUGCAUGAAAUUAAAGAUGGAAGGUUCUGAAGAGGAGAAUACGAAUCACUGGAGACGACAUAUCGAUGAAGAUGUCAAGCCUUAUGGUUGUCUGUUUCCGGAAUGUUCCAAGUCUCUUCGUUACUUUGUUCAUCGUCAUGAAUCGGAGUCUCACAUGUUGUCAGCACAUUACAAGGACUGGUUGAGAAACGUCCACGCAUCGACCUGGUUCUGUGAUUUGGGCCACAGCCCUCCUGUUAAGUUUAAAACAGAAUUACUGUGGAAAGAACACAUACUGGACUCUAGAUGGCAUACAAAGGGAGAGAGACGACUCACUAAAUUGCAACUUGACGAUCUUUCUUCCCGGAAGCAACUAAAUGCACCUCGCGGUCAAUUUGCAUGUCCACUAUGCGAACGGGUUCCCGAUGAGCUCUCGCAAACGGUGGCAGAAGGAAAUGGAGAUCCGGACGAAAUGAACAAGAUGCUCGUGUCGCAUGUAGCGAGCCAUAUCAAGUCACUAUCUCUGAUGGCUAUACUGUCUGUGGAGGAAUCUGCGAAGAAAAUCACAGACACUGAAAAUGACUCGUUGGUUUCACAAGGCAUUCCUGCAAAAGACGGUUGA